AAAGCUCACGGCAUCGUCGUGUAGUAGUCGCGCGCGCUGCCGCGUCGAGAAGCCGAUUGGGAAUGGUUAAAGCGAGCGUGAAGUGGGCGGCCAUAGUGGAGGUAGAAACGUAGCGGCACAGGGACAGAGAGACACGGCAGUCUUCACCGCGAUAUCGGGCUGGUUUCAGUAUUCGCUUUCGUCGCGGCUUCUGCUUGGCCGCGCUGUAAAGCUCUUACUCCCGGCUGUCCCACGGGGCAUCGCGAACGCGACACGAAUACAUGUACGUGUACGACUCGGAGAUACAUACCUACAAGGAAAGGGGGGAAACACGUCCUAUUCCCGAAGCGAGUGCGGUCGUGUGAGCGUGCUCGUGGGGCCGCGCGCGCGAACGAGAGGAGCAACGAAACACGACGCACGCACGUGUGACCGGUAACGAGAGUGUGCGAGUCAAAGUGGAAGGUUUGAUUGGUCGAGGAGAACGCGUGCCGCUACGACUGUGUUUCUUCGUGAUUCCGUCGUGGCCGAGAGCGCGGUGUGCGCAGUGCGCUCCCCACCGCGUGCGCGCAGUGUGUAACCCCCGCGACCGCCAUCUUUGUCAAGUGGGUAACCUUUGUUGAUUUGUGUGAAAUGUGACGCCGUUGUCGCGAGAUAAUUGGUGAUCGUGAUUACACGCGAGCCCUGUGUGUCGGUACCUGAGUGACUCGUGCUCUCGCGUGUCCCCCUGUGGAUCUAUACAUGGAAUAACCGUGACCAGAUGUCGCAGCUCGAAGUCUCCAUUACGGCAUUCGACUGCAAAGGAUUAAAGCUUUGGUUUAGCGUGAGAAACGACCGAGCGAGAGUUCGAGCCUCCAGGUAGCCCAGGAAGGUAGCUGCAAAGAGGACACGAAGGGGCAGGGUAGGGCAAGCGAAAAGCAAGCGAGCAGCCAGCGGGCAGGUAGGCGCAGGAUGUGAAUGUCGUGGCCGUGACACGACCGACCCAGACCCAGACCCGGAGGCGCUCACGCGUUGUCCACCGGGUGCGUAUAACCUGGCCAGGUACGUGGCGGGUGGGUACGCCGUCGCCGCCGCCGGCGCCGCCCUCGCCCUCGUCGGCAGACGGCCGACGGAGACGAGAUGGACGAACCGGAGUCCGCGGAGACGUGGUCGGCCUGGUUCCUGGACGCGAUCCGGAAGAUCCGCAGCCAGAAACAGAGGCCGAGCGUCGAACGGAUAUGCCACGCGAUCCGACAGCACCACAACUUCCACGAGGAGGAGAUCGCGGAGCACCUGGAGGUCGCCGUGAAGCGCGGCGACGUCCUCAAGAUCUUCAACAAGGGCCAAUCCUCGUAUAAGGACCCCGGCGGGCUGCAGUCCAAGCCGCUCAAGGUUGGGAAAGGCUCCGACCUCAGCAAGGUGCUCGGCAAGGCCGUCCGCGAGCUGGGCGAGAGAGAAGGCUCGACCCUCAAGACCAUCGAGAAGUACAUCCGGCAAAGCCACACGGUCGAGGAAGAGGCCGAGGGUGACCUCAGGACCGCACUACGGUUGUCCGCGAAGAGGGCUGUCGAUCGGGGCCUCGUCAUUCAGGAUGGCAGACUCUUCCGGCAACCGGAUAGGCCGCCUUAUCUCAAAAAGCUCGGGGACAAUGCUCAUGCACCGCCGCCGGAGCCACCGGUCCCCAAGUUGCCGGCGCCUCUGCCGAUAUGCAAGGAGUGUCUCGGUGCAACGAUAGCCGCGAACAACAACAACACGAAGCGGAACGCCGCGGAAAAGCUGAGCAGGUGUAGCGUGUGCGGCGCGGCGCUGCACAACUCGUGCGCGCCGCCGGACCUCUCGAUCCUCGUGGACAGGGGGAUCACGUGGUCUUGCGACGACUGCUCACCGACCUGCGCCGGCUGCCAGCUGGACCAGGAGUCGCAGAACUACCUGGUGAAAUGCGCCGGCUGCGUAAAAUGUUACCAUCCCACCUGCCUGGACCCGGGCCUCGACAAGAAGAACAAGGCACCCUGGAGGUGUCGGCACUGUCAGACGGCGCACACGCCGGUCUCGAAGGACGACGGGAAGAAGGGCAAGGCGCAAGACGCGGCCUCCCUAGACGACACACCGACCAGCGCCAGGAAGAGAAUCAGCAAGUUACGAGAGAAUAGAAAAUCGGCGGUGUCCAGAAAGAGCUUGACGAUCGCGACUCCGGGCAAGAAAGGCGGUGCUGGAGUGGCACAGGUGGACAGCAGCUCGGACGGUAAUGCGGGUGUUGUCUCCCCUCGUCAACCACCUUUAAUUUCCUCUCCUCUACCACAACCCCCCGCCCCACUCGCAGGCCAGGGUAGGCUACUCGAAGAAAAGAACGACCGGAUCUCGAAGGAGAAGCAAAAGUUCUUUAGGCUGAGCGCAUUUAACGCGGAGCACAAUAAGCUGAAGCGGGUGGGGGGCGGCGGUGAUAAGUCUAAGUCCUCGCAGAACGUUAGUCCUAGGUUGACUCGGGGUAACGCGAGCCAGAAGAAGCCCCCGGUACCCGGCAAAAGGGCCUCGUUAGCGUCUAGCAGCAGCGGCAGCAGCAGCGGCAGUGACGCGACCGACACCGACUCCUCGGAGGGCAGCGACUCCACCGACGACGACGACGACGACGAUGACGACGAUGACGACGAUGACGACGACGAGGAGGAGGAGGAGGAAGAAGAGGAGGACGAAGAGGGUAACAGCUCGAGCGAAUCGAGCGACUCCUCGGAGGAGGAGGACGCGAGAGAGCCUGGCCGCCGGCUGGUGGUCGAGUCCCCGAAACCGAGGAGUCCGUUCUCUUGCGACCUCAGCGAAGACAAGCCCUGGGGCUUCGCCGCGGCCGCGGCUGCCGCCAAGCUUAACUCGGAGUCGCCGUUUUUCAGUAACAUCAACAACACCUUCGGCGCCCCGUUGCCCAAGCUGGACGUGGGCGGCACGCCGACCUUUGGCCUGCACAUACAACCGGCCGCGAACUCCGGCCUCGACAACAAGAAAAAACAGAAGAACGAACGCGCUGGUAUCGCGUCCGCCGGGUUCGCCGCCGGCGUCGACAACAAAGCGAAGCCUGGCGCUGGCCAGCUGAAAGGCCUGAUCGACGGUUUGAGCCACUUCUUUUCAGUGCCCACGAACAGUAGGGCAAGGUCCGGCGGGGCUGCGCCCAAUUACGCGCCGGACAGGAGAAAACGGCCUAACCCGGAACCAGACCCGAGCAAAAUCGGCGGCGGUACCGCGAGCAAGCUUCCCAGAGGAGCGCAAACUAACAAAAGAGACGUCUCGCCCGCGGUAGUCGCCACCGGGAAGUCGAAGGACAGAAAGAAGGCGGCAGAGGCGAGAGAGGAAGCACCGAGAGUGCCAAGGCCGGGGAUUUUCACGCCCUCUGACGAGAGCCUGUUCGUGGUGGGCACGCUGAACGAGAAGCUGCCGAAGAUGACGCCGUCGAAUCUCGUGAAAACCGCGGUGAACAGUAAGAGGCACGAACACGAGAGGAGGAAGCUGAUGAAAGACGACGCGUCGCUAGUGAAGUGCGCUGCGACGGACGCGUCGCUGUCCUCGCCGUCGUCCUCGCCGUCCUCCCUCAGGCACGAGCACUACCCGCGAAAGCGAAACAACAUCAACAAUAACAACAACAUCAACAUCAACAACAAUAAUAACAGCAACACGGUCACGGAGACGACCAACAAUCAGACGACACGCCACCCUGUGCCCGCUGUUUCGAAGUCCGGCCUGUGUUCCGAUUCCGUGAAAUCAAAUCCUAGCCUAAAGUCCAAUCCACGAGCCUGUACUAGCGCCACCACCACCAACACCACCACGACACCCCGCGCGACACCCUGCUCCACCAGGAAGGAGGAGCCGAUUCUGCCGCAAACCUUGCCACCCGGCGUUACGCAAAAGGACGUCGAUCUAUUCAAAGACGCCCGAGACAGGGCGGCUCGACUGACCGUUUCGAACGGUGACGGCGAGGAGGCCGUGACCGUCAGUCCCGGGAAUAGUAGUUCCACGGGCGGCAACGGAUCACGGAACCCCGCCGCCAUCGUUUUCGGCCGGUACGAAGUAGAGACGUGGUACUCCAGCCCGUUCCCCCAGGAGUACGCGAGAUUACCGAAGCUGUUCUUCUGUGAGUUUUGCCUAAAGUACACGAAGAGUCGAGCGGUACUCGACAGACACAUGGACAAGUGUCAGUGGAGGCAUCCACCAGCCACCGAAAUCUAUAGGUGUAACGGACUGUCCGUUUUCGAGAUUGACGGUAACGUGAACAAGAUUUACUGUCAGAACCUGUGUCUAUUAGCAAAAUUGUUCUUGGAUCACAAGACGCUGUACUACGACGUGGAGCCGUUCCUGUUUUACGCGGUGACGAAAAACGACAAGUACGGCUGCCACCUGGUCGGCUACUUCAGCAAGGAGAAACAUUGCCCCGCUCAGAGAUACAACGUAUCCUGCAUCAUGACUCUACCGCAGUAUCAGAGGCAGGGCUUCGGUAGGUUUCUCAUCGAGUUCAGUUACCUGUUGUCCAAGGUCGAGGGCAUCCCCGGCACCCCGGAGAAGCCUCUAUCGGAUCUUGGUCGCGUCUCGUAUCACUCGUUUUGGAAGAGCGUCGUCCUCGAGUACCUCGACGCUCACAGAGACUCAACGGACAUCAAGCUGGGCGACAUCACAAAAGAGACAGGCGUGUCGGCUCACGAUAUCGCAACCGCUAUGCAGUUGUUGGGAUUCAUCAAGACGGUCCAUUUGCCCGGCGAAGGGAACUCGAAGGUGGCUGUGGUAGUCGAUUGGGGCAAAGUGGACGCUCACAUGGCGAGAGUGCGCAAGAGUUCCCGCAUCAAGUUGGACCCGGACUGUCUCAGAUGGAUCCCGUUGCUCACGCAGAUACCGAAUCCCUACCAAAGCCCGGAGGAGAGCGGUGACACCAGUUCCGAGUCCUCUCCCGUGGCGGAGCCUAAACAGAUGCCCGCGAUUGUCGAGAAGAUUCAGAAAGUGAAAAUCAAGAAGAAGCCUAGGGGCAGAAGACUAGGUCAAAGAAGGUCAUCACCGUUAAAGCAGAAGAGCCCGCAGAAGUCUACCGCCGUGCACAAGGAGAUCUCUAGAGAGUCCAGGGAUGCGAAAGAAGCGACGAAGGAAGCGAGAUCGUUGAAAGAAUCGAAGGAGUCGAAGGAUACGAAGGGGACGAAGGAACAGGAAAGGGAGACUCGUACCACUUCCGCGACGCCUGAGUCGACGAAGGAAUCGAUGGAAGUCGAGACGAAGAAUGUCCCGACGACGCCAAGGAAUUCCAGGUCAGUGACGACCGCAAAAAACGCCGCGAACAACGCGACAAGCCCAACGAAAGCGACGCCGCUGUCGACCAUGUCGAGGCGAAGGAUCAGGACACCGAAGACUCCUAUGGUGGUCGAAUCCGUCGCGACGACAGUGACACCUCUCCGCAAACGAAAACAUUCCGAAAAGACUGAAGCCGAGGAGAAGGAGGAGAAGUCGGAGGUUAGCUCGAGGAAGAGGACUCGAGAGUCUUUGAGGGAGAAGGAGAAAGAGAAAGAGAAAGAAAAGGAGAAGGAAAAAGAGAAGGAGAAGGAACACCGGGAGAAAGAGAAGCCCAAGGAGAAGGAGAAGACGAAGGACAAAGAUUCACCGAGGGACAAGGACAACGCCGCGGAGCCGGAGAAGACGUCGCCCAAAACGGCGACGUCCGUUUCUUCGUCCUCGGCGGUGCAGAAACCGGCGAAGAAGCAGUGCAAGGUGGACGACAUCCUGCUGAAGGUGACGAGUAGACAGACCAAGUACUUGCAGGCGAAACAGGCCAAGGAAAAGAAGAUCGCCGAGGAGGCACAGUGCAACGGCAAAGACGAAACCAAGGAGACGAAGACGUCCCCGCCGAUGUCGAGGCGGGGACGAGCGAAAGCCGAGAAAGAAGCGUUGAAGAUGCCUCAGUUGAAACCAGAAACACCUGCCGACGACAGACCAGAGAGUCCUGUGAUACCUCCACCUGCGUUAUCCCCGUCGGCUGGCUCCGAGAAACCCGACUCUCCACGGCAGAAGGAAUCACCCGUUCCGGAGCUGUCUGUCUCCGUCUCCAAGGAGGAUAGUGCCGAAACGAGCAAGAAUGAAAGCGUGGAAGAGAGCGCGACGAUCGUGCCACCGGAAGCGGAGACGGCGUCCGCGAGUCCCGGCGAAUACGAAGGAGGCGACGAAGACGAAGGGGAGGAAGAAGUACCUGCGCCACGGCCAAAAUCCGUGCAACAGUGUUCGAGCAACCCGGAGACUGAUUCGAGCGAGCAACCAGAGAAAACGGUAGAUACGACGACGACGGUUCCGGAGAAGGAGCCGGAGGAGACGGAGAAGUGCUUGCCGCAAAAGGUCGAGUUGGAAACACGGGACGUGGAUCAGGAGAGCGAAGCUCCGAAAGAAUGUGAUAAAGACUCGGAGACCGAGAAAGCGAUUUCUCGUAGCCCGGAAACGUCGAAAUUGGUACCUGAAGUUCCCUCGCCCAAAGGGGAGGAAACCGAAAAGUUCGUAGCUAUUACUCAGGAUAUUGAUAGCCCUAAGGAAGAGACGAUUUCCGAGAGGAUAAUGCUUAAGGAGACGAAAGAAGAGUCGACACGGCCAAAGAUCGAAACAUCUCCAGCAACGCCUACGGAUAAGAAGGAGUCGAGUGUCGUUUCGAAUAUCGCCUCGCCGGAAACUGAACCGCUAACACCGCAGGAGAAGCCGUUGCCGAUCAUGGAGCAACAAGAAACCAUGCAUCUUCAUCAAACGCAGCCGGAGGAGAUGAAGCAGAACUCUCCUGAGAGCGGGAAGACAACGCCGCACUUGGAGAAUCCUGGUUCGGUGAAGCGGACGCCACCUUCGCAGCCGGACCUACCUUCGAUGGGAGUUUACACGCCCGACUCGACCACGAAUUCGGUCCACUCGUUGCACUAUGGUCAGUGCGACCUGGACGUCAGUCAGCUGGGAUUGGAGUCUCCAACCUCGAUAUCCAGCGAUCUGGCGUCCCAGAACAGCGUCGAGAGGCCGCCCAGCGCUCUGCCGUCGAUGCCGGCCUCGGUCACCGUUCCCAUCUCCGUGUCCAUGCAGAUUGCACCACCGGCCACGUCCGUGGCCGUGAAUAUAUCGCCCCAGGUCCAAUACGCCGACUGCUCGAUGCCUCAACACACGCCACCGGCACACGUCAGCAUUCACCCGAUGCAUCAGCCUCAUACACCGCAGCCUCUCCAACAGCCGAGGACUCCGCAGUCGCACACUCCGCAGAGUAUACCCACGCAGAGUCCACAGCCGCUUCCUCAGAGCCACACGCCGCAACCGUUACCGCAGUCCCAUACGCCACAGCCCUUGCCUCAGUCUCACACGCCUCAAAGCAUUCCCACGCAGAGUCCGCAGCCUUUGCCGCAAUCUCACACGCCCCAACCGAUGCAGUUGUCAUUGGCUCAGCAAACGCAGAGCCAGAGUAUGACGCAUACCCAACAGUCUCAGCAGUCUCAGCCGUCUCAACCGCAGCAACAGUCAACACAUCAACAGCAACAGCAGCAACAACAGCAACAACAGCAGCAACAGCAGCAGCAACAACAACAGUCGCAGACGCAGUCCCACAGCAAUAAGAGGGCCAGUGGUUCGCAGACGACUCACAGGUCGAGGUCGGCGCAACAGAGCAGCAGGUCUCAUCGAACCACACCUCCGACGCCACACACUCAAGCCUCUUCUCAACACGCGACGUCUCAUGCGAGCUCGCACACGAGCUCUCACACCAGCCAUACGACAGUGGCGCACACGAGCCACGUACCGCCUCAGUAUCAGCAGUCUUCAUCGAUGAGCGUACCACCGGUACCCCAUCCGCACUCUCACACGCACGCCGCUCACUCGCACAACAUGGCCGUGAUCUCGCAAGGAAACUACAUGGCUGUCGCCUCGCAGACCUUCCCCACGCAGAACACUUACGUGAUCCAGCACGGAAGCCGCAGAUCCGGCGCGCCGACGCCUUGCACCACGGCAACGAACUUCUAUAUACAGACCAGCGCGAUGCCCCCGCAUUCACACACACCCGCGCCGUCUUUGUCGGCCUCUGGGAACCAUCAGACAACCAACUCGUGUAGCCUAGCGAAGUUGCAACAGCUGACGAACGGUUUGGAGAUGAUACCACCUACACCGUCGCCAGCCAUGAACCUGACGCCACCGCCCCCGAUCCCGCACACGAUGACACCGCCUCAGACAUCGAGGCAACUCCCAACCCCUCCUCAGGUGCCCCUCGGGUACGCGAAGAACUACUAUAAUGUGAACACGGUGCCACCACCCGGCACGCCCGGCCCCCCGAGCAGAUCGACCUCGAGGUCCUCCGCAAACGCCGCCAACAUGGCGUCUUUGACUCAACCGUAUCCCAGCGAGAGCCUGUACAGACAAACUCUCGACCCGGGAAGUACCUGUCCUCAAAUGCAGAGCGCCGCUAGCCGGGUCAGCCCGAACGUAGCGCUCAACACGAAUCUCAUGGCCCAGUAUGGUUAUAGGGUGGCUCAGCCAGCCACCGGUUACAUGAACCAAGCGGCUCAACUCGGCGGCUUCAUGAAUCAAGCUAGCCAGCUACCGGUUGGCGUGGUGAACGUACCCGCGCCGUAUCCCCAGGACCCGCAUCAGCAGAAUCCGACUGCAGUGUACACCACGUACCACGGGUACAUCAACGGUGGCCUGAUGCAGCCUUUGAACAGCUCCAUGAGGCCACGCUAGCCCCGGAAUUCACUUGAACGCACACUCCCGCGUACGCAACAAAGAAGCUUCGACGUAGAGGCGACCGUUACUCGUGGCUCUUCGUCCGCUUAACAGCGAUCGUCGUUUUUUCAAGCAAGUUGACGGGUUCUCCGCGAUACGAAAAGCGACGAUACGGAUCUCGGUUGCAUCGCCCUGGCGAGAUCACAUCUGAACUCUAGCGGCAACAGCAGCAGACCUUACCCCCGAGCGAAUAGUUGUGCCGGGAUCGUUGCUUCCUUGCGUUCGCUUCCACGCAGACUUGUACCCGGCGAAGAAGCGCUGCGCGCGGUAGCCCAUUUUAAUCCGUGAGAAGGAGAGACAAGCGUUUCGUUUCACUGUACCACUGGACCACGAGUCUAACGCGCGCGUUCUCCGUUCCGAUUUUAUCCGCUGACCAGACGGUGUCGACGCCCGAACCCCUUUCCAAAGUCCGUUCAGUCUCGGGGCUGACGCGCGAUCGCGCUUCUCGCGACGAAGGGCGGCAAGCAUUUCUUCGCGAAACCGGGAAGAGUUUCGUAUCGGAAAGAAUUCGUAACUUGUCGAUGCGUAUGUACUAAACCUAUGCCGCGCCGGUACGAUCACGGUGUCGGAUAGGAAAUUGCGGAGCAUGGGUUCUUCGUGACUUGUGCAUUUACAAAACGGUUGACUAUUAUGUACCUUGGGGGUCGAUCCACCGAUCGAUCGAGGUAGAAAAAGGAAAUAUAUAUAUGUACAUGUAUAUUUUCCUCUUACCACAAACCCACCCCCGCCCAUUUUUGAAUCUACCAUCGACAAAACGGAUACCUAUUUUUUAGUAGGGCAUUCCCUCUUAAGAUCGCAACAGUGUUACGUUUUGUGUAUAAUAAUGAUAAUAUAUAUACCUAUAUAUUUAUAUGAAUAUAUAUAUACGCGCAGCGUAUAUAUGUCUUUAUAUAAAUAUAUACAUAUAAACACUUACAAAGAAUAUUCUGUUUGAUAUUAUCGAUUGUUGAACGUUGUUGUUUACGUUUUCUUCGAGGCACGCUGUACUUUACUGUAUCAUAAAAUACUUACUGCUACGAUCAUUCGAAUUGUAUUAUUGCGAAUUAAUUAUUAACGGCUGUCAAAAGUCAGGAUCAUCGUGAAAGGCGUUCGUUGCCCAUUUACCGUGUUAUCAUCGUUUGUCGU